AUGGAGGAGGGUAGCAUGGGCGAGUUGGAAAUGCAGCCUUGCCAGGCCAGGCACAGGUUGAGCCUGGCGAAUAUACUCUGGAUGCUCAAGUUCGAAAAGGUCUUCCGACUGUGGGCGGCAGAUAAAUUAUCACCUUGCAUUAAAAUGGUCGAAUCCAAUCCUCGACAAAAAGGCCGUUCCAAGGCUGUAUCUGAACAAGCUCCGUCCCUCCCCUUCCAGCAAGACGAUCCCCUUCCUCCUCUCGAAAAUAUCCUGCCCUGCCCUGCACCCAACUGGGUUGCCUAG